UAAAAGACAGAUUGGUUCAGUGUGACACUCCCUCGUUAAUACGAUAUGACGUCAUUAACAAGCGACCGACAGGGUCACAUUUGUAAUGUUUUAUUCACCAAACUUUCAGGGGGAAAACUGCGCUGCCUAAGAGUAACGUGUGGAUUUGGCGUUUCGUUUUAGCCCAGUACCAGACACUAACCAUUGCUUCACAUGGUUAAGGGUCGUAGUUUGUGUUGUGCUUUCAGCCGCUGUCUCGCAUGGCUAGCUGGGGGCGUGCUCGCCUUGUUUUAUAAAUGUAUCAAGCUACUUAUCGUGAUAUGUAUGUUUGUUUAGGUGGAUAAAUCUAUGUUUGUUAUCAUCAAAUUUAUUGUGAAUUGAGAAGUAGCUGUUGCUCCUAGCGCUACAUAACGGAGAAUAUACACAUUUAUUAUAUACUUCCGGACUACAAAAAUAUACGCCACAGUCUCAGCUGAGGGAGUCUGUCGCAGAUUUUCGGUUCAUAAGGCAUGACUGCAAAGGUCUGUGAAAGUCAGUAGUCUCAUAUGGAGUUAGAAUGAAGUCCCUGUUACAGAGACAUGCGUUCUGUUAAGAUUUGCUGUGUCUCGUGUCAAAGCUACAUCUGUAACAUGUUUUUAGUUGGAUCAUCUCACUCUUAUUAGCACGAGCAAUAUGAUCAUUGAGACUUUGAGAAAGCAUGCACAACCUGGCACGUUACCUCAUCUUUUUUCAGUACGUCGGUACAAAAUACAGUGGUGUAGUGAAAGUGCCUCAACACCAACUGGUUAAGAAAGGGGUUCAGGACCACUUAGAGGAAGCUAUUCAGAGGCUGAAGCCGGUCAAUCAAGUCUCUCUGUCGGUGUCCAGCAGGACAGAUGCAGGGGUGCACGCCCUCUCCAACACCGCUCACUUUGACCUGCAGCGCAGGAACGACAAGCCACCGUUUUCUGAGGAUGUUCUUGUUCAGGCUCUCAACAGUCACCUCAGAACAGAGCAAAUCGGGGUCACCCAUGCUCGUCGUGUUCCCGAGAACUUCCAUGCCCGUUUCUGUGCCCAGUCUCGGACGUACGUCUACCGCAUAGCGCUGGGGGCGUCCCACCACACUCUGUCUCCUCUCACAGACCGUGAUCUGUGCUGGAGCCUCCACAACACAGAGCUGGAUGUGAAAACCAUGCGUGAGGCCUCUUCCAUCCUGGCUGGAACUCAUGACUUCAGCAGCUUCAGGGCAGUGAACUCUGACAUGCUGUUCAAAAGCCCCGUGAAGACGCUGGAUGUGGUUUCCAUUCAGCCAGGAGGCUCCUUCGCACAGCCCCACUUCCACAGAGAGAUACAUUUCUGGGAGCUGACCUUUACAGGCCGGUCUUUCCUGUAUAAGCAGGUGCGGAGGAUGGUGGGGGCCCUGGUGGCCGUAGGCCGGGGGCGGCUGUCUGUGUCCCAGCUCAGAGACUUACUGGAGGCUCGGGACACCAUGGCCUACCCUCAGGGUCUGGUUGCUCCAGCUCAUGGCCUCUUCCUCACUAGGGUGGACUACAAAGAAUCAGACUUACAGCGGCCACAUCAGCCAUUCUCAGAUGCGAACUCAAAGGAUUGAUGCUCCUUGCAUUGGAUUUUCUACCGUCCCUUACGAAACGACAGUAAAAUGACAGUAAAAUGUUUGUUUUAAUUCAAGUGAUUUGUCUUUGUCAUUUGUCUUUAAUUUGAUUCAGUGGUUGUCCCAGUGUCCUCAUGAAGAAAAACAAGCUGCCGACUGCAUAAUGAACAUAUACAUGUUCUUUUAAUGCGACAUAUUAAGAAUACAUAACUGUGUCCAUGAACACAGCUCAGCUACAGAAGGCCACACGCUUUGAACCUAGCUUUGCCUGCUAAACACAGUUUGCUUUAAGCUUGGUAAGUCAAUGUAAUUAUGAGCUGGGUUUUGUAGGCUCUCACAUUUAAUAUGUAGAGCAAAAGGGGUUAAAGUGUGUAAUUCUUUAGCCAAAACUGCUGUGUCCAUGGCUCUCACACAGUGGCAUUACAAUAUGGAUCAACAAAGUGCACACACACGCUCAGUGAUAAUGUAUACAUCCGAGUGUCCUAAUCAAACUGCAUACACUGUUUCCUAAUCCCAAAGACAGUUCUUACACAUUGUCAGCACACAGUCACUUCCUUCCAACUUGGCUGCAACUGUUCAAUGAGUUUAUGUUUUGUUUUAUUUUUCCAGCAAGAGUUCCAUAAAACGUCCAUAAGACCACCAGCGAUCUUCUCUGUGCUGCUGGCAGAGAUGAGGUCUGUUGCAGGUUCAGACUGACCGGUCGCUGCACCGAUCAAAACUGUGAGACGUCACACGUAAGAAGAAAUAAAUACAUUUCCUACAGUCACCCAGACGAUGUAAGGUUAACUGAUUUAGGCUCACUGUAUUUGAAGUGCUGCAUCUGUUCAAAUUUAACCUCAAAAGGAAUGUUUUGCACUUCUUAGAAGUGACACAAUUCAGUCACACCUUUUUUCUUAAAACAUAACAUUUCCAAUAUGUACACAAGUACCUGUUUUUUGUUUGUUUUUUU